UUCUGCCCUGCAGUCAGUCUGUUGGUCUGUCUCCAGAAACAGAGCCCUGGGGAUAUAAGUCAACAACAAGCCGCUGAGAGCUGAAGAGCAGGGCACAGACUGGAGAUCUCGUAGGUUGAGGGUUCAAGAUGCCUGGCUCAGUGACCACAGGGAAGAAGCUGGACCUGUCCAAGCUGACAGACGAGGAGGCCAAACACGUGUGGGAGGUGGUGCAGAGAGACUUCAACCUGAGGAAGAAGGAGGAGGACAGGCUCGGAGAAUUGAAGACUAAGAUUGAGAAGGAGGACACGAAGAGGGAGCUGCUUCACCAGACCCCCCUCACAGAGUCCUACUGUAUCCGCUGUCUCAAACCGUUCAAGUUCCUGGUCAUCAACAAAGUCCAGUGUUUGGACUGUGCCCUGUCUGUGUGCAAGAGCUGCAGCCACUACAGCAAGAAGGAGCAGGGCUGGGUCUGCCACCCCUGCCACAUGACCAGGGUGCUGAAGAUCGGUACAUUGGAGUGGUACCAUGAAAACGUGCGUGCCCGGUUCAAGCGCUUCGGGAGUGCAAAGGUCAUGAGGUCACUGUUCAAAAGACUGAAUGGAGAGCCCAGUGGAUCAGAGAGUGAACUGAGAGGACCCAGUGACUAUGACACGAGGAGCAUGCCAGACACAGGUGGAUUUGAGGACAACAGCAUUGAUCAGUCAGACGGACAGCACUACAAAGAGAUGAAAAAGCCAAAGCGCCGCCUCACAGUGGACCCCAUAGAGCUAGGCUUGGGCUUUGACUAUCUGAGUGAAUCCAGAGGACGAUAUUAUCAGGCCCACAGCCCCAGUUAUAGUGUGAGUGAAAUGGGGAAGAGAAUGAACGACAACAAUGGACUGGACUACAGCCAGGGGGUGGAGUCUGCGAUCAGCCCGCAUCAAGAUGAGUUGGUGUACUCGGAGGCCUCUGCUCCUUCCCGCUCCGUGUCCCGUCUCAGUUACUCAUCCUGUGGCAGUGGGAGUGCAGGGGGCCCCAGGAGCUCCAGGUUUCUCCCAGGAGCAGAGGACUCAGAGGAGGAUGAACACUUCCACACCUUCUCCCUGUACCAGAGUCACCUGUACAGACACAACUCCCAGGAGAGCCUGCAGUCCAACAACCCACAACAGAUCACUGACCUGAACAGGCGCAUGUCGGCUGUGGAGUCUCUGCUGAACCGACUGGAGCAGAAAGUCACCUCCACUCCUGACCAGCUCUCUCUGCAGACCCAGACUCCCAGCAGCGUGUCCCCUGUGCCCGAUUGGGAGGUUGAACUGGAAGAGCAACAACUCAGACAGAAACUGAGCGAAAUGACCAACAAUAUCAGUGACCACAGCCUCAGUGACGAAGACGAAGAGGAGGAGGAGAACCAGACCAGCCGCCCUCUGUCCUCCCUGGACAUCCCGGCCUGGAGAAGCCCUCUGCAGGGGGACGCUUUCAUCAGCAGGAUUCCUACCAGACCCUCCUCCAGACUCAGCAGUGUCAGCAUGGGGGUCAAAACUGAGGAGAACGCACAGCAACAAGGAGAAGAGGCCAAGAUACCCCAGUUCUCUGACAGCCUGGACCGUAAGUCUGCGUCUCUCAGAGGGUCCACGGCUCUUCUGUUCGAGCUCGAAGAUAAAGUGGCUCAGGCAGCGGCCGAUGUCCAGAACACACAGAGUCAGGUCUCCUACAUAGAAAACAAGAUAGCUGCGCUGAACGCUGCUGGAAUGCCCAUCGACAAAAGGAGGAAGUCCGCGAUCCCAGUCCAGACUCGGAGACUGUCCCAGAACUAUCCCACAACUCAAGCCGACAGGUUUGUGAGGAACUGCAGCUACAGGGGGUCUCUGACUCAAAGGAACCCAGUCCAGAAGCCCCAACCUCAGGCAAAGUGUGCGAAGCCGGUCAUGACUCAGGCCUCAUAAGACGUCGUCUCAGUGUGAUCUGAUGGGGCUCAUUUUCAGAGGGACUUCAGAGAAAUGUGGAACAAGACAUUUUAAAAGUAUUUUCCUUCGUUAAAACUGGACCUGAUUUCUCUGUCUUUUUAUUCGCACAUUGAAUCCAGUCAAACACAAGGUGCAGUUUCAUAAUAACUACACCUUAUUUAGCCUUAAUAAAGCAUGAAGAAAGCCUGAACACAUAAUGAAUAC